AUGGGAAAUACCACAAAUUGUAAUGCUGUAAGUGUUCUUCCGGACAGCAACGGCAGUUUUGCGACCAACAAUGUAGCGGGAUCUACCCCGAAAAGGUCCAAAAGUGCUCGAAGAAAAUCGUUUAAAUGCACUGGAUACGAUGGUUGUGCGAUGUCCUUUACUAGGGCGGAGCAUCUUGCACGUCACAUAAGAAAGCACACGGGGGAAAAGCCGUUCCAGUGUCCUGCGUGUUUGAAAUUCUUCAGUAGAGUCGAUAAUUUGAAACAGCACCGGGAAUCGGUCCAUGCACAUAAGAAUCACCAUUCUACGGGUGCGCAUCAACGUAAACCGUCGUAUUCGUCGUUGUCGUCUUCUUCUUCUGCAUCUUCGUCGUCUUCCGCAUCUUCAUCUACAUCAUACAGCGAUCCUUCUUCCAGAAAAACCAAUAAUAUUGGUGGUAAUAUGCCAAUAAUGACAGAGACCGAAAAAGCGCCUCUAAUAGUACAUUCCUCACCAGAGUUCAUCACAAACACGAGAUGUAUACCACCUAUCUCUCCGAGAUCCAUUUACGGUACUCAGCGACAGCAACAGCAACCCUAUUACUACCCGGGUUCCCAAUCCAUCACUGAUAGUCACUACCAGUACCCUCUUCCUAGCAACAGCACCACUAUCAAUUAUUUACCAUCUAUAGACGUGCAAUAUCCGCUAAAUGUGUGUCCUACCGUAGUGGGCCAACCGACUACAGAGGUAAUGGUACCAUCCCUACCUCCGAGGUCAAUACCAAGUGUUUCCUUCAAAUAUAAUGACUCAGCGGAUUUGCUACCUCGGAGAACUAUGGAUAAUUAUAACUUUAGAUCAAAUAAUAUUAAUGUUAAUACUAAUGUGAACAAAACUACUAAUAUUACCGACAACAAUACCGAUGUAUUUCCUCCACCUUUUUCGAAGCUAGCGGCAGGUGCCGAAGUAAAACCAAUUAUUUUCCCGCAGCAUCAGCAAGAAUUCAGGAAGCGUACCAACGACGAUAACAUUAGCAAUGAACCUUCGUUGGAUAAUGGUAAGAGCUUCGAGAGUAGUAAUAAUAAUGAUAACGACAUCCAGAAGAGGCCAGCAGCUCUAUCAGAGUCUGAUAUUUUGAUUAAUACUAAUAAGAAAAGACUCAGUGUUGAUUACAUACUGACAUGA